AUGAAAGACACGGGAUACGGUCUUUUGAUUCGAAGUUUGGAUUGUAUUGCAGAAAGAAGAGCUGGGACGGAGACUACCAGCAACAUGUUGGCCAGUUUCAGUAUGUUCACGUUUGCAGGUAGUCUCCGAGUUGCGGCAAUGUCCUGUCUCGAUACAAUGGUGAAUUCAAUCUAUCGCACGGGCUCACGUCAAGCCCACGGUGGUAGAGAUAGGAUGUUGUGUCACGUGGACGGCUGUGACCAUCAACAACCGAUAAUAGGCCGAUGUCGGGCUUACGGCUGUCGGACGUCGUGUGAAAUGAAAGGUGUGCGAGAAGUUUUCUCCGAGCAGGGAUGUAUUGCGCUCACAGUGGCGAAGAGGAGUAAAGUAGAAUGCGUUGUACUUGGAUGGAACAAGUCAACACCCGCUGCAGUAUUGGACGGCGUACAAUAUCUGAGCGUUGUACAUGAUACCUUUGACUGCGGUAAAAUGUGUGAAUCAUAG